AUAAUGUUUUCAACUCUAGGAAAACAGGGCAAUUAUGAAUUGAAGUUUAGUGGUGAAAGUGUGAUACUUGCUGGUAGUGAUGUAAAACCAGGUGAAAAAAAUGUAGAAGAACAUAGUCUUAAUACGGUUGCUAGUGGUCGAAUUUCAUUGGAUCGUCGUACACGUGAUACAAGACAUGAAUGUAAAUACUAG